CGCGUUCCUCUCGCGAAACGCAGCGCAUUGUCCGCUCCUCCUCCGAUCCCUAGCAAAAGCUUCCUAGCUAGCUUGCCUACCAUUGCCAUCCUCUCCCCUCCAACCUCUCCCUCCAUUCGCAUUACCGCGCAAAGGAGGAAGAAGAAGAAGAACUCACUCGCAGGAGCACCAAUGGCGAAUUCUGCGUCAGGGCUGGCGGUGAACGACGAGUGCAAGUUCAAGUUCCAGGAGCUGAAGACGAGGAGGGGGUUCAGGUUCAUCGUGUUCAAGAUCGACGACAAGGCCAUGGAGAUCAAGGUGGAGAGGCUCGGGCAGACUGCCGAGGGCUACGAGGACUUCGCCGCCACCCUCCCCGCCGACGAGUGCCGCUACGCCGUCUACGACCUCGACUUCGUCACCGACGAGAACUGCCAGAAGAGCAAGAUCUUCUUCUUCUCCUGGUCGCCUGACACGGCGAGGACAAGGAGCAAGAUGCUGUACGCGAGCUCCAAGGACAGGUUCAGGAGGGAGCUGGACGGAAUCCAGUGCGAGAUUCAGGCCACAGACCCCAGCGAGAUGAGCCUCGACAUCAUCAGAGCCAGAGCUCACUGAUGAUCAUAUCAUUUCAUCAUCCAACACCACCAGAUUAAUUAAUUCAUUCCCAACGUCGAUCGCCUUAUUCAACCCCAGAUCCAUGCAUAUAUAUAUGCCCAUGGGUUAAUAUAUCAUCAAUUAUGGGGUUUAUGUCCGCUUAAAUUUACCCUACGUACGUUUUGAUCCUCGCAAAAAAAAACACAUACAUAUAUAUAUAUACCGUUUUGAUCGACUAUUUAUACGUUGUUAUACGACAUUGAUGUCGUCCAAGUAUUAUUAUCCUAUUAUAUAUAAUUCCUUCAUUUCAUUCUAUUUUUCUUCUGCUUAUAUCUUCAACUUUUCAUUUUUGUAAUUUGUAAGUUGUAUUGAUGCAAUUUGUUGGCAACAAGAAUACACUUUUUCUAUUCAUGUAUAAUAGAAACAACAUAUUCUCUUA